GCUGCCCAAGCUCCCGACCUCGACGACCCGCCAAGUCAUCGAUCCAGUUGGCAACGACAACCUCCAGCGCAUUCGGAAACCGCAACUUGCUCGCCCUAUUGUUCCUGUUGGGCUUCUUUGCCAUUUCCGCCAUGGGUCCACGACAAGCAGUUGGGUUUUCCUGAUACAGUCAACAGCCCAAGCAAAACCGAUCUUCUCGCCAUGAGAGCGCACCCCCAAAUUACAACGAUUAUCGCGACCCUACAUCUCGCCUCUUAAUCUUGCUUUUUCUCACCUCUCUCAAUCUGCUUGUGGCCCCGACCGUUUGGUCUGCUGCCGUCGGGACAGCGCGAUAUAUAUUAAGAUGGAGCGCGAUGGCACUGAAAAGGCCGCGUCGAGUGCGGAAAGUAGAAUCCCGCAGAGAACCUCUCGCUUCACCUCACCACUCGUCAUUGGCAGCGCGUCACAGAGGAAAAGCCUGUUCUCACGACCACGGCCAAAGGAGGACACAGCUCCCGCAGCUAGCUCUGCAGCCCUUUCCGAUUCCCGUCCCGCCUCGGCGAGCGAUACCAGAAUCCCUCGCCCAGCAGCCAAUCGCCGCCCAUUCACCCUUUCAGAUGCCUACCGAAUGGCCGAGGAAGAGGAAGCCGCCGAAGGAUCUCCCAGCCCUGCCCCGCGGUCAUGGCGGUCUCGUCCCGCAUCAGGUGAUGGGAGAACCUCGAGAAUUUGGGGCGCCGGCACCAGGGAAACCCAGAACCGCAGAGGGCUCGACAAAACAUCCCUAGAGGCUGGGACAAACGCCGCCACCAGCGGCGCUCAAUUGCGCCAGAGCUACGGCUCAGACAGCGCCUUUGAUGAGACUAUCCGCCCGCCUGCUCCAGAUCUACGAAACUCGGACGAGUCAAUUCGCCGCACCAAUGGACUAUUCUCGAGGUCGAGGCUAGGAUCCAAGAUUGUUGAGACGGGCAAGGAAUUGGUACGGAAGACCAGUCGGGGUAGCCUAGAAGACAAACUCUCACCCCGCCCAGCCAAAGACACUGGAAGCAACGGCACAUGGCUUUCACGUCGAUUAUCAGGAAGAAAACGAGAGUCGAGCAAUACUUCUUCGGAAUUUGACGUUAUAGACGCGGAGCAGGCCGACCGCGACCCUGCCGAUCAGCCUCCUCAGCCUGACACUGCUUCGCCCGGCUUCCCAUCUCCAAACAAGAGCUUUGCUUGGCAGGCCGACGCAGACUUCACAGCCGGCGACUUGCAAAUCUCCAGCAGUCCUCCGGUUAGGCGCAGCAAUACCAAAAUUGAGGACAUCCGCGCCCUGGAAGCCGAGGUCAACGAAAGUCUCGUAGAGAAGCACCCACCUCGUCGGAGUAACACUCGGCUAGACGAGAUCCGCGCUCUAGAGAUUGAAACUGCUCUGAAAUUCCAGGAAGAGCCUCAAGAACAAGGCGAUGAUGAUGGCGGCGCUCACCAGGCCAAGCCAAAAGACGACGACGUGCCGCCCCGCAGCCGCUCUGCCAGCCGAGCAAACAGUAGGCCGGACGAGCUCAGAUUGCGCGAGAUCGAGAGCUUAUCUAGGAGGGCCCUCGCGAGAGCCAGGCUCGAUGAGUUUCGGGGAAAAGAUGCCGCAUUUACAUCACGCUCACCAUCACCAGAUAUAGCGCGGAAGUCGAUCAAAGAGCCAGUGCGGGCCUUAUCUCCGCAUGGCAACAGCUUGGUAGAAAGGACUGAGGAGUUUGCCUCGGCGUUGCAGGCCCAAGAGCCCACCAAUGGCCAGAGAAACUACGACAACAUUCCCUCAAUCAUCGGAGUCCACGCUCAGGCCAAACCUGUCGGUUUGAGCGAAGAUCCAGAGACGUACGAAAAGUUUGGAAUCGGCCAUAGCACAUUGCAGACCAGGGAUGAGCCGGCGGAUGUUUUGCGCCGUCUAGCAGCCGUCGCGAGCCCGGGCACAGCGCCCGACGCACGAGGGGUCAUUGAAGGGCUUGCGUUCCGCGACCGGGAGACCGGUGGAGGAAUUAGGCAGAAGAGGCUGAGCGGCGCUAAGAGCGACCUCAGACAUACUGUCGGUUUUGCUGGGCUCUCUAGAAGCUCGUCUGCCGAGACCGGGCUUGUCAAGCGUGGAAGCUUUGUGAACUCCGAUAUCGACCCGACGGAGCGCAUAGAAGGGGAAAUGAAGCUCUUCGCGCCUCUGGAGAACCAAUCAGAAAAGGGUUCGUUGCGAGCACCGUCACCGGAGCCUGAGGAAGAACCUGAGGACAAACCUGAGGGUGAGGCUGAGGGAGAAACUCCCGAGGAGACGCCAAAGAAUCCCAAAACCGACCCGCUAACGCUACCAACUCCUAAGAUUACCGGAGCCUAUGUUGACACACCAGCGACGGUCAAGGUAGAGAAGGCCGAAGACGCGGGCACAGCGAGUGUGGCUACUGGAGAUGGCAGCUCUAAACAGCAGACUAAUGGUCUUGAGCAGUCCUCCAAAGACAAUGGCACCGUAGAUGCAAAACUGCUUCGGGGAAGAAGAGACGGCAUCACAGCACGGCAGCCAAAGAGCUCACAAUCAACGGGAGGAAGGGACAGAUCCUCGAAUCGUCCAUCCCUCUCGAUUCGCCGCCGCGCCAGGUCGUUGUCGCGGGGCCGCGCUCCGUUGGUCAACUCCGCCAAGCCACCAACUGUCAAAGAUGACCUGUUGCAAAUUCAUCGGGACAACCACAUCGAGGACUCGACACUGGAUGACAUUGCCGACUUCCUCGGCCAACAAAGUGGCAAAGCCCGUGUCUCGGGCCCGCUCGAGGUGAAGUCCGAGAUUGGCGAGAGCGACAAUCUCGACAGGAAGGAAGAACUUGAAGCAUAUGCCCGUAUGAGCCAGUCUCUUCAGACCGGUCUCCUCGGCAUCCGGACCGCAAAACAGGGCAUCGAGUUGCUUGAGAAAAAGGUAUCCCACGGAGAUACCAAGGACCAUCCGCAUGCCGCUCAUGGAAACAGCACUACAGCCGAUCCGUCCUGUCCCCUCUGCCGUGACACUCAGCUCACGGCGUCUCCAACUGUGACUUACGUCCACCUGCCUCUCCCUCGCCUCUGGUAUCGGCAGCCACGGUUCCGCUUCACUCUCCUAGGGCUUGUCUUGUUUCUUACGUCGCUGUGGUAUCUCAUGGAGACGUGGAUGUGCUUCUUGUACUGCAAACCACAGUACUGCUACCCGGGCACGCCAUGCGACUGGUCCCCUGAUGACCCGACCUGGGGCUACGCAAUCCCGGUGAAGCUAGACCAGUGGACGACGGGCGGACAGGGCAAGCAACUCGCGUCUCGCCUCGCGCCCGAGGUGACAGACUGGCUGGCCGACCUGUGGGACGCGGCCACCGGAGUCGACAUUGCCACCGUGGACACGUCACGCUACACCUGGGAGCAGAAGCGGCAGCACAGGAGGCGGUUGGCCAAGAGAGGGCUUGCCAAGCAGUUUGCGGAGAAUCCCGAGGACACAGCGACGUUCAGUGCGUGGAGGGCCGUGAGGUUGGCCAGGGAGAAGGUCGAGUCCGCGCGCGAAAUGGGUUACGAUCCCGGCGAAGAUGAGAGUAUAGCUGCUGACGAAAGGGUUUAGCAUCUGGCAUAUAUUUGGGGGAGGUGUGUUCAGUGGCCGCUAGCAUGUUUAUGCGGUGAAUAGCAUCUGUUACGAGGCAGCAGACAGCCUUGGACCCUAGAGAUUGGAGCCGGGUUUUGUUCAUACCGGAUACCGGAAGGCCAGGGAGUUUCUGGCCGGGCUACUGUGCCCCAUCUCCAAAGGGAGUCAAGGGACUAUCAUCGGCAUAUAUAUGACUGGGCUAUGGUUAUAGCAGUUCAUGGAUCGGCAUGUUUAUGCCAGGCCAUGGCAUGGUAUUAAUCCAAGAGAUUCUAGCUCUUCCACGGCAAUUGACAGCCGCUGUUAACGAAGCAAAGAAACGCUUGCUUGUUGGAAUUUGCUAUCCAGUCUGAUAUCGAGUACUCUGCAUGGUAGACGAGGAGGGACUUCUCUUGAGUAUGGCCCGGACCAAACCCUUGCAAAA